AUGUUUCCCGUGAAGGGCCUUAAUGUAUCAGCGGAGAAGCUGAAGGUUGAGAUGGGGCACUCAGGCCCAGGUUCGACUUCUGUGUCAAAACCGUCGCGGAAGCGCAAGAGACAGGGAAACACGGAGAAUGUGACGACAGCAAACUUCGCAGACUUGUGGGAGAAGGUUAUUGAGCACAAGGGCCCAGCUGGCUCGGCGAAUAAGGGCCAACCCAAACCUCAGUCCCAGAGGGACACCAAGCGGCAAAAGAAGGAGCAUGAGCUUCCUGGAGGCAAGGGCAUGGGAAGCGAGGAGCAGCAGAAGGAGCACAGCGGCAAGGCCGAAAAGAAACAGAAGAAGAAAGAUAAGACGCAGAAGGGGGAUCCACCAGCGGCACCGGCUGAGCAAAGCGAGGACAAUGGGGACGAAUGGAGUGGUAUCGACGACGAGGCAAAGGCUCCUGGAGCAGCCCUGCCGAUGAAGGAGAAGGUUGACAACAACAAGAAGAAGAAGAAGAAGCAAAGACGAGAUGCCGACGGCAAGGAAGAUGUUCAUCGUCAGCAGUCCCCAGUUAAGUCGGAGAAAGCCAAAGGGCCUGCCGCUCCGCCAGCACCACCCGCUUCAACCGCACCGAAACUCACUCCUCUCCAAGCGUCGAUGCGCGAGAAGUUGAUUUCGGCCCGCUUCCGGCACCUCAACGAAACCCUCUACACCCGCCCCUCUACCGAAGCCUUUCAGCUGUUCCAGGACUCACCAGAGAUGUUCAUUGAGUACCACGAGGGGUUCCGCCGCCAGGUCGAGGUGUGGCCCGAGAACCCGGUAGACGGCUACAUUGCCAAUAUCAAAGCCCGCGCCAAAGUUCGCUUCACGCCCCGCAACCGCAGCAACGCUACCCUCUUCGCUUCCGAACUGCCCCUUCCCAAACCGCCCAAUACCAAAACUUGCACCAUCGCCGACCUCGGCUGCGGCGAUGCCAAGCUCGCCACGGCUCUCCAACCCCUGACUAAAAAGUUGCAUCUCAACAUCCACAGCUUCGACCUCCAAACCGGCGGCUCCGCUCUCGUCACGCGCGCGGAUAUUGCCAACCUGCCUCUCGCAGACGACUCAGUCGACAUCGCCAUUUUCUGCCUCGCCCUGAUGGGCACCAACUGGCUGGCCUUCAUCGAGGAAGCCUACCGCGUCCUGCGCUGGCGCGGCGAGCUGUGGGUGGCCGAGAUCAAGAGCCGCUUUACGAACCCGGCCAACAAGAAGAAAGCCGGCGUGGUACCGCACAGCGUCGGCAGCCGCAAAAAAGCGGCCCCCACCACAGACAAGAAAUCCAGAGCCGCGCAAGCCGCGGCGGCCGAAGAGGAGGAGGAGGCCAAUGUCAACGAGCUCGCCGAGCAAGUCGACGGCACCGACCAGUCCUCUCUCGCUAGGCAGCAGCAGGGCGGAGAGACAGACAUCAGCGCAUUCGUUGAGGCCUUGCGCAAGCGGGGAUUCCUGCUGAAUCGCGAUUUGGGCGACGGCGCUGUCGACAUGAGCAACAAGAUGUUUGUGCGCAUGAACUUUGUCAAAGCGGCGCCCGCGGUCAAGGGUAAGUGCGCCGCUGCCGGUGCCGCGGAGGAGAGGGAGAGGAGGUGGACGGAUGGUAAGGGGCGGUUGGUGCAGCCACCCAAGAAGAAGAAGUUCAUUGACGAGGAUGCGGAGGAAGGAGGCGAGGUGAAUGAGGCAGCCGUGUUGAAGCCGUGUGUUUAUAAGAUACGGUAG